UGAGCGGCGUGGGAGCCAUGGAUGACAGAUGGCGAACACAGCUUUACUAAGACUAGGAGGCAGCGCCGGGCGAGUUACGCCACAAUUUGUGAAUGGAUUGUGGAUUCUUAUUCGAGCUUUCGCACGGCAACGAGACUGACUCGAACCUGGCGUGUUUGAUUGAGAACUUGCCCCUGUUCUUUUCGGAUACAAAAGAUGAGGACUUUGAUGGAUUUGUGGAUGAGGAUUGAUUAAAAAAAUACUUGCGAGGCGGCAUGCUGAGGUUGACGUGGAAGUCUGCAGACAAGAUGAGGUGUCUGAGGAAGAGAUCCAUGCUGCCUCUGCUGGGCUUCCUGGUUGCCUUCCUGCUGCUCUUCAACCUCUACUUAGACAUGGAUAGAUACGUGCUGGAUGCAGAAAAGCACCAGCUGGGUGAGACGUUGAUGCAUCCCGCCAACUCUGAGCGAUAUAUCCACACCUUCAGAAACCUGUCCAACUUCUCGGGGAUCAUCAAUGUGACGUACCGCUACCUGGCGGGAUUCCCUCUGGCGCGGAAAAAGUACCUGACCAUCGGGCUGUCGUCUGUGAAGAGGAAACGAGGGAACUACCUCUUGGAGACCAUCAAGUCCAUCUUCGACCAGUCCAGCUACGAGGAGCUGAAGGAGAUCGUGGUGGUGGUCCACCUGGCCGACUUCGACUCGCUGUGGUGCGAGAACCUGCUGCAGGAAAUGAGCCGCAAGUUCUCGCACCACAUCAUCGCCGGUCGCCUACUGGUGAUCCAGGCUCCCGAGGAGUACUACCCGUCCCUAGACGGCCUGAAGAGGAACUACAACGACCCAGAGGACCGGGUGCGCUUCCGCUCCAAGCAGAACGUGGACUACGCUUUCCUGCUCAACUUCUGUACCAACCUCUCAGACUUCUACAUGAUGCUGGAGGACGACGUGCGUUGCUCUCGUAACUUCCUGACGGCGCUGAAGAAGGUGAUCGCCUCCCGGGAGGGCUCCUACUGGGUGAUGCUGGAGUUCUCCAAGCUGGGCUACAUCGGGAAGCUCUACCACGCGCGGGACUUGCCGCGCCUGGCGCACUUCCUGCUCAUGUUCUACCAGGAGAUGCCGUGCGACUGGCUGCUUAUCCACUUCCGCGGCCUGUUGGCCCAGAAGGACGUGAUUCGCUUCAAGCCGUCGCUCUUCCAGCACAUGGGCUACUACUCGUCCUACAAGGGUGCCGAGAACAAGCUGAAGGAUGACGACUUCGAGGAGGACGCGGUAGACAUUCCCGAUAACCCGCCGGCCCGCCUCUACACCAACAUCGCCGUCUUCGAGAGCUACGCCGCCGCCAAGGCCUACAGCGCCGUGGACGAGUACUUCUGGGGCAAGCCGCCGUCGACCGGGGACUUCUUCGUGGUGGUCUUCAACAAGUCUGCCAAGAUCAGCAGGAUCAAGAUCGCCACUGGUUCCGAGGACAGACAGAAUGACAUCCUCCGUCAUGGUGCCGUGGAAGUGGGUCAGAGACGCACGGAGGGCAAGCAGGAUGGCCAGUGCGCCUCCUACAUCACUCUGGGGGAGUUCAGAGGCGGCAGGGUCGAGGUCCAGGACGUGGACCGCAAAAUCGGCUUCGAUGUGGACUGUGUGCGCAUUGUGGUGACAGCUGGCCAGAAGGAGUGGCUCAUCAUCAGAACCAUCAGCCUAUGGACCGCACAGCCGAGCAGCCCAUUGAUUAAGUGACCAUCAGGGAUAACAACAAGUAGAGUCGGGGGGCCAAAAAAAAAAGUAUAUUUUCUUGUGCGUUUUUCAAUCCCCCCACCCCAACUAGUGUCAAAUACUAUUCCGAAUCCACCCUUUAUAUUUAAUGUUCCUAAUAUAAAAACAGAAAUGUGUUCAUAUGUGUCUGCUGUCUUAGUUUUUUGAAGUUUGGAAAUGUAAGUGCUUCUAAAGCAGAUUACACACACCGAUUAUCGGGCCUAAUUUUUGCCUUUUUUCACCCCUUCAUAUCAAAGUCAGCAAAGGGAGAUUUUUUGGAUGUCUCUUAAGAUUAUCCUGAGUGAUUACCCUGCGGUGUGAAGUAUGUUGAGAGAUUUUUUUCAUUAGCGAUCGAUUGUGAAUGUUAAGUUUAUUUACAAAUCCUUAUGUGUAUGGUCAACACUGAGUUGGGCCGAGUCACGGACUCAGUAAUUGUGAUGCAGAACUGAAUAAUAGCCAAUGACGAAGCUUGCUGAUGCUGGCAUAGUUGCUCUACACGAGUCAACUGGUUGUGUUGUUGUUUUUUUUUUUAUAAAAUACCGCUAGUCAUGCCAGGUUUUUUAUCUUUUCAAGCAAACACCUUAUCAGACGUCUCUGAGUAUUAUCCUGUGGUGUGGGGUGUGUUAAAAGUGAUUUUUUUCCCUCGCUGAUCUGCUUGGAAAACGGUCGGGCCAACAAUUAUUAAUGUUCAACCUGUUCAAUAUUUAGGAUAGUUUGAUAGUGUUUGUAUAACAUAUCUUACUUCACUACAAUAUGAAAGGAGACCAGAUUAUUAGCAUUUUCCAGCUGUCGAUGCCUUGUGAUACCAUUAUGCCAUGAACAUGGUUUAGGUGUGUGUAAUAUCCUGUGUUGGCCAUCUGCAGUACACAGCACGCAAGAAUAGCAGUAAGAACGCACAUGACCAUUUUUCUUUCACCCUAUGGUGUUUUUAACUUGAAAAGAAAUGUUGUGUUAAAAAUCGUUAUGUCUUCUUCCCUUUCCUGGCUUUUCACUACUCAAGUUCGCAAUUUUGUAUGAGCUUUCUCCAAAUGUUCCUGUUAAAGGUGCUCUUUUCAUCCAUUUCUUUCUCUUUUGGAUCUGAUUGAAUACAGUCAUUCCAUCUGGUUGUUGGUUUUCCUUGUUUUUUUGAAUCCCCUGUAAUUCCAUCUGCAUCACUUUUCUUCCAACAUGCCAUCCUUCAGUUCUUCUCAUCAGAUGUCCAAAACACCAGUUUUGCUUCUUGUACUUUCUUAUUCUGUUAAUAUUUUUUCUAUUCACUCCUCACAUCCACCUCAACAUCAAAAAUCGGUCUACCAGGCUUUGAUAUC